AUGCCUUUACUUCGGGCAACUCUGAGUGACCUACCAAAUGGCUGUAUAUGUUUAAGUACAGCUGAACGCCAAAGCUUGGCAAGUAAGGCACGUAGAAACGAUAGAAUGGGCAAGGAAAAUGAUGCCACUAAAAAAGAAGAGGAUGAAAUAAAAUUAUGGAGAGAAUUGUUGGAUGGGAGUAGCUAUAUAAAUUCUGCAUGUAGACCUAUUCAUAAUCAGUUCGGUGUAGUUGGAAUCCAGGCGUUAGAGCAAGCUAUUUCGCAUCCGCCUCGAAAUGUUCACUCAAGUCCCACUGUCUCUUCACCGCGUAGAGAAGAACCGGAACAAAAAAGACUCAGGAAGAAUAGUAAAACCAGAAGGUUGACUAAACGAAAAA